AUGUCAGGAGUAAGUGCGGUGAGCUCGGCGUUGCCAGCGUCUACAACCCGUACCACCUCCUUCAAGGGCUCCUGCCCCAGCUCGAAGUAUGUGAAGCUGAAUGUGGGCGGGGCGCUCUACUACACCACCAUGCAGACCCUCACCAAGCAGGACACCAUGCUCAAGGCCAUGUUCAGUGGCAGGAUGGAGGUCCUCACAGACAGCGAAGGCAAAGAUAUUUAUAACUAAACCAAGAAAGUUCAUCUGUGUCGUUUUGGGCACAGCCAAGCACGAGUUAGCGAGAUCCUAGUGGCGCAUUCUAGCAUGUAUUUGCAUAUUUCCAUUAGGGAACACCUUCUCUGUGAAGUGCGCAUGUGCAAUAACUAAAUUUGUCCUUGCAGUUCUUGUUAACAACACAAUUUGAAAAUGUAAGCUUUGGCAAAGGGGCCACAUCUACAAAACUUAGUUCACUCUGUUCGUAACAGAUUCUAGUUUUGGGAACUGAAAACUGUAUUGAGAUCGGGCUUUUCUUAGAUGAGAAAAUCAGCAGAAUGUCAGCCCAGUUCCAUCUCGCUCCAUACUCUCCCACCGCCGGCCACUGGGCUUCCUCUCCUCACCAUAUUUGAUGGGGAGUGGAAAUUUCAACGGGAUGUUUCAGAUUUAUACAGCUCCUUGUUCUAUCUGUGGAGAAGGCAUUGAUGAUGACAUGGGUUGACUGCAGCCAGGGUUUCCCAAACCUUUUGUCCACUGCAAAGUCUUGAGUCCUGUAAAGUCCAUGCUCCUUGAUGCUGCAUAGGAUACAAUUCUAUCAGUUUUACAAACAAGCUCCCCUUGCAUGCCUCCCAUCUGAUAGCUCCCCUUGCAUGCCUCCCAUCUGAUAUGGCUCUAAAUGAAGAUACACACACAGUCUACUAUCUCCACUGUGUUGUCUCUGCCACUUCUCAAUGUAAUGAAUCCUGACCUCUCCUGCAGGUUGGAUCCUUAUUGACAGGUGUGGAAAGCACUUUGGGACCAUUCUGAACUACCUGCGUGAUGGUUCUGUACCUCUGCCUGAAAUCCGGAGAGAGGUGGAAGAGCUCCUGGCAGAGGCCAAGUACUACCUGGUGCAGGGGCUAGCUGACGAGUGCCACGCUGCCUUGGAGGUAUUGUGUCAGUGGAGGCUGGUGGGAAGAGCUAUAAGAGGACAGGCUCAUUAUAAUGGCUGGAAUGGAAUAAAUAGACGGUAUCAAACAUAUGGAAACCACAUGUUUGACUCCAUUCCAUUGAUUCCAUUCCAGCCAUUACAAUGAGCCUGUCCUCCUAUAGCUCCUCCCAUCAACCUCCACUGUAUUGUGUAUUACCUUAACACACUGUAAACACUUACCUGUAAUCAAUCUCUAUCUUGGUGUCUCUCUUUCUCUUCAUGCUGGUAUGGCCACUGUACUCAUUGAAUUAUUUGGGUCCUGUUUCCUCCAUGCUUUCAGAACAAAGAUAUGUAUGAGCCCUUCUGUAAAGUGCCCUUGGUCACAUCCUCAAAGGAAGAACAGAGACUAAUCUCUACCUCCAAGGUAAAAAAUAAUAUUUCACAAUUGACAUGUAUGAUUUGACAUACAUGUUUCUCAACCCUGACUACCUCUGUUCCUUUUUUAUUUUGGAUUACAGCCCACAGUCAAGCUGUUAUACAACAGGAGCAACAACAAGUACUCUUACACCAGGUAGGCUAAACAUUACAUAUGAUUGUGGUAAAAUACUUAUAAUGAGCUUAUACUGUAUUUCUUACAUGUAUGUGUGAAUUGGAUUGUAUCAUGGAUAGACUGAUGUACAUAGCGAUUUGAACAGAUUGACAACUAGACAUAAACAUCUGGUGUCAUUACCUUUUCACAGCAACUCAGAUGACAACAUGUUGAAGAACAUUGAGCUGUUUGACAAGCUCUCUCUGCGGUUCAACGGCCGUGUGCUCUUCAUCAAGGAUGUGAUUGGGGAUGAGAUCUGCUGCUGGUCAUUCUAUGGGCAGGGCCGUAAGAUCGCUGAGGUGUGCUGCACCUCCAUAGUCUAUGCCACAGAGAAGAAGCAAACCAAGGUAUGCAGUUUCCCACAGCACGACCACAGAAAAGGAAGAUAUGAAUGUUUCUUGCUUUGACCAAAUCAUAGACUAGCCUGGUUGUCAGUGAGUAGUCUUGUCUUUGUACCUAGAGCAGUGGUCUAAACAGUAUUCUCUUUCCUCAGGUGGAGUUCCCAGAGGCUCGUAUCUAUGAGGAGACGCUUAACAUCCUGCUGUAUGAGUCUCAGGACGGGCGUGGUCCAGUCAACGCUCUACUGGAGGCUACAGGGGGCGCUGCAGGCCGAUCCCACCAUCUGGACGAGGACGAGGAACGGGAACGCAUCGAGAGAGUACGCCGCAUCCACAUCAAAUGCCCUGAUGACCGCACCCACCACCACCAGUAA